UCUGAUCAGUCUUUUCUCGGCCGCGACAGUUUCUGGUUGCGAUAACACGAUUCUCAGUGCAUAAACGGUGCAUAUAGUGCAGAAGGCAAAAUGUGUGACGACGAUGCAGGGGCGCUUGUUGUUGACAAUGGAUCUGGAAUGUGCAAGGCUGGUUUCGCGGGUGAUGAUGCCCCGCGUGCCGUCUUCCCGUCUAUCGUCGGUCGCCCACGCCACCAGGGUGUGAUGGUCGGUAUGGGCCAGAAGGACUCGUAUGUCGGUGAUGAAGCUCAAUCGAAGCGUGGUAUCCUCACCUUGAAGUACCCAAUUGAGCACGGUAUCAUCACAAACUGGGAUGAUAUGGAAAAGAUUUGGCACCACACAUUCUACAAUGAGCUACGCGUAGCCCCAGAGGAGCAUCCUAUUCUGCUGACUGAAGCUCCACUGAACCCCAAGGCCAAUCGUGAACGUAUGGCGCAGAUUAUUUUUGAGACCUUCAACUCGCCAGCCGUGUACGUGGCCAUCCAAGCUGUUUUGUCUCUGUAUGCUUCUGGGCGUACGACUGGUAUCGUGUCUGAUUCCGGCGAUGGUGUUUCUCACUGUGUUCCGAUAUUUGAGGGUUUUGCAUUGCCGCAUGCCAUCCUCCGUCUGGAUAUGGCUGGACGUGAUCUUACCGAUUACUUGAUGAAAAUUAUGACUGAGCGAGGAUACUCUUUCACCACUACUGCCGAGCGUGAAAUCGUUCGCGACAUCAAGGAAAAGCUGUGCUACGUCGCCCUGGAUUAUGAUCAGGAAUCUGUAACUGCAUCGGCAUCUUCGUCACUGGAGAAGUCUUAUGAACUUCCCGACGGUCAGGUCAUAACCAUUGGUGCUGAACGUUUCCGUUGCCCAGAAGCCCUCUUCCAGCCAUCCUUCCUUGGUAUGGAAACAAACGGAGUACAUGAAACCGUGUACAACGCCAUCAUGCGUUGCGACGUUGACAUCCGUAAGGAUUUGUACGCCAACAUUGUCUUAUCUGGUGGUACCACCAUGUAUCCAGGUAUUGCUGAUCGCAUGCAGAAGGAAAUCACUGCCGUUGCACCGACCACCAUUAAGAUCAAGAUCAUUGCCCCACCAGAGCGUAAAUACUCCGUCUGGAUCGGUGGAUCCAUCCUGGCAUCUCUCUCUACCUUCCAGUCGAUGUGGAUUUCAAAGCAGGAAUAUGAUGAUUCAGGUCCCAGCAUUGUACAUCGCAAGUGCUUCUAAUCCUAGGGGAACGUCACUCCAUUUCUCAGUAAAUGAUACAAUCCAGGUAUUUCUGUGCAUUAGGAUUUACCAUGACUUGAAAACGAAAUUACUUGUAUUUAUUGCAUAUUUUUAAUGCUUGAAAUAAAGUUUAAGCAAACACUAUUUA